AUGGAAGAAAUCCUGCGAAAGCUGCAGAAGGAGGCGUCGGGGAGCAAGCACCGGGCCAUCAAGGAGAGCUGCACCGGGGCCAUCGAAACCUUGGAUUCUCCCGAUGCUGCUACCAAGAUACCUCCAUAUCAGCUGAGGGAGAAGUGUCUCCUUCCUCUCCAACUGGCUCUGGAAUCAAAGAGCGUGAAGUUGGCCCAGCAGGCUCUUGCAGGGAUGCAGAAGCUGCUGUCUGAUGAGAGGUUUGUAUCCGUGGAAACAGACUCCGAUGAGAAGCAGUUGCUAAAUCAGAUGCUGAAUGCCGUCAAAGUGACUCCCUCGCUCAAUGAAGACCUGCAAGUUGAAGUGAUGAAGGUCUUGCUCUGUAUAACAUACACCUCCACAUUUGAGCUGAAUGGGAGUUCAGUGUUGAAGAUUGCUGAGGUUUGCAUUGAGACAUAUAUAUCUAGCUGUCACCAGCGGAGCAUUAACACCGCUGUGCGGGCAACCCUCAGCCAAAUGUUGAGUGACUUGACUUUACAGUUACGGCAAAAGCAAGAAAAUAUGACAAUUGAGAACCAUGAUGCCCUGCAGAAAUUCAAGAGUCAAGGUACUUCUGCUGAAUCUCUUAGUGAUGAUGUUGUAUCUGUCCUCACUGUGCUCUGUGAGAAGCUCCAGGCUGUCAUAAAUGAUAAUCGACAACUUCAGCUUCUUUACUUGGAGUGCAUCCUCUCCAUGUUAAAUAGCUCCUCUCCCAACAUGCACCAGCACAAAGGAUUCACUGAUCUCAUAUGGAAGCAACUUUGUCCAGCCCUAGUAGUAAUCCUGGGAAAUCCAAUCCAUGACAAAACUAUCACCUCUGCCCACAGCAGCAUCUGUCUUGAGACUGAUUCACCGUCCUCAGGGGUCUCUGAUCAUGGCCGGGGUUCUGGGUGCUCGUCCACAGCACCUGCCCUUAGUGGGCCUGUUGCACGGACCAUAUAUUACAUUGCAGCAGAACUGGUUCGACUGGUGGGAUCAGUCGAAUCCAUGAAGCCUGUGCUGCAGUCUCUCUAUCACCGGAUACUGCUUUAUCCACCACCGCAGCACCGAGUAGAAGCCAUCAAGAUUAUGAAAGAGAUACUUGGAAGUCCUCGAAGGCUUUGUGAUUUGGCAGGGCCCUGCUCCUCUGAGCCAGAAUCCAGGAAGAGGUCAAUUUCUAAAAGGAAAUCCCAUCUGGAUCUUCUCAAACUUGUCAUGGAUGGGAUGACAGAAGCUUGCAUCAAAGGUGGUAUUGAAGCAUGUUAUGCUUCAGUGUCCUGCGUCUUUGCCUUGCUUGGAGCAUUAGAUGAGCUAAGCCAAGGGAGGGGUCUUAGUGAGGAGCAGAUACACCUGCUGCUCCGGCGCCUGGAAGAAUUGAAGGAUGGGACUGAGACAAGUAGAGACUCUAUGGAGAUCAAUGAUGCUGAUUUCAGGUGGCAGAGGCGCAUUCUGUCCUCAGAACAUCCUGCCUGGGAAUCAGGAAAUGAGAAGAGUCCUGAUAUUAGCAUUAGUGUUACCACAGACACUGGUCAGACCACUUUGGAGGGGGAUAUGGGACAGACAACUCCAGAGGAUAAUCUGGAAAGUCAAAAAAACUCACUGCCAUCUCCAGCUGGACAUGAAAACAAAGAGAUUCAUUACGGAGAAGCAGAGUCAGAAACCAUUGACCAGCCAGAUGUUGUUCAGAGAAGCCACACCAUAGUCUAUCCAGACAUAACAAACUUUUUAUCAGUUGACUGCAAGACCCGGUCCUAUGGAUCCAGAUACAGUGAAAGUAACUUCAGUGUAGAUGACCAGGAUCUCUCUAGGACUGAGUUUGAUUCAUGUGACCAGUAUUCCAUGGCAGCAGAGAAAGACUCUGGCAGAUCAGAUGUCUCAGACAUAGGCUCUGACAAUUGUUCUUUGGCUGAUGAGGAGCAAACACCAAGGGACUGUCCAGGUCACAAGUCCUUACGUACUGCUGCUCUCUCUCUGAAAUUGCUGAAAAACCAGGAAGCAGAUCAGCACAGCGCACGGUUGUUUAUUCAGUCACUUGAAGCUCUUCUUCCUCGGCUUAUAGCUCUCCCCAGCAUAGAGGAGGUGGAUGAAGCACUGCAGAGCUUUUCUUCAACCUUCUGCUCAGGUAUGAUGCACUCACCAGGAUUUGAGGGAAACCCAAAUUUCAGCUUCCAGACGCUGAUGAAUGCAGACAGUCUCUACAUGGUCUCACAUUACACUCUGCUGCUCAACCUAAAAUUGUCUAACUCGGAUUACUACAGAAAGAAGCCUGCCCAAGCGCCUGUGUUGCUGAAGGAGUUCAUGAAGCAGGUCCAGUCCAGUGGAGUGUUGAUGGUGUUUUCCCAGACGUGGGUUGAAGAACUGUACCACCAGGUAUUGGAAAGAAACAUGCUGGGGGAAGCUGGAUACUGGGGAAGCCCUGAAGAGCACAGCCUUCCACUUAUAACCAUGCUGACUGACAUUGAUGGCUUGGGAAGCAGUGCAAUUGGUGGCCAAUUGAUGGCAUCAGCUUCAGCACAAUCCCCUCUUUCCCAAAACCGGAAGACAGAUGAUUCGGUUGUUGCAGGAGUUGCUUUUGCCCGAUACCUUUUAAUUGGCUGUUGGAAAAACAUGAUCGACACCUUGUCCACACCACUGACUGGCCGCAUGGCAGGCAGCUCCAAAGGCCUGGCGUUCAUCCUGGGAGCAGAAGGAGCCAAGGAGCAGAACCAGAAGGAGAAAGACUCCAUCUGUGUGAGCCUGGAUGGACUGAGGAAGGCAGCCCGACUGAGCUGCGCUUUAGGGGUUGCUGCCAACUGCGCAUCUGCUCUUGCCCAAAUGGCUGCUGCCUCCUGUGUCCAAGAAGAGAAAGAGGAAAAAGAAAUCCAGGAGCCUAGUGAUGCUAUAACUCAAGUGAAACAGAAAGUCGAGCAGAAACUGGAGCAGAUGGGGAAAGUGCAGGGAGUCUGCCUACACACCGCUCACGUUUUGUGUAUGGAUGCAGUCCUCAACGUGGGCCUGGAAAUGGGGAGCCACAAUCCGGACUGUUGGCCUCACGUGUUCAGGGUGUGUGAGUACAUCAGCAUGCUCGAGCACACUCACUUCAGCGAUGGCGCUUCCCAGCCCGCUCUGACCAUCACCCAGCCCCAGCAGGCCCCCAGCAGCCUGCAUCUGGACUCUGAGUCUGGGGACUCUCCUCAGGAACUGACCCCUGAGCAGGAGACCACCCUCAGCAGCAAUCCUGUCAUUCAGCCAGUUUCCAUCCAGGAACUUAUCAAGGAAGGCAGCAAGGGCAGAGCUUUUGACUUCCGUGGAGGCAGCCUGCUGUGUGGGACCAGUGCUGCCAAGGCUGUUCUUAUGCUCUCCACACAAGCUGACAGACUCUUUGAAGAUGCUACUGACAAGUUAAACUUGAUGGCCCUGGCAAGCUUCCUGUACCAGCUCAAGAAGGCUUCUCAAUCCCAGCUUUUCCAUUCAGUCACAGAUACAGUUGAUUACUCCCUAGCAAUGCCAGGUGAAGUAAAAUCUACACAGGACAGGAGAAGUGCACUUCAUUUGUUCCGGCUUGGUGAUGCCAUGCUUAGAAUUGUCCGGAGCAAAUCGCGCCCGCUGCUCCAUCUCAUGCGCUGCUGGAGUGUGGUAGCACCUCACCUUGUAGAGGCUGCCUGUCAUAAGGAGAGGCAUGUGUCUCGGAAGGCUGUCUCCUUCAUCCAUGACAUCCUCACCGAAGUGCUGACAGACUGGAAUGAACCUUCUCAUUUUCACUUUAACGAGGCGCUGUUCCGCCCCUUUGAGCGUAUUAUGCAGCUAGAGUUGUGUGAUGAGGAUGUCCAAGACCAGGUGGUCACUUCUAUAGGAGAGUUAGUGGAAGUGUGUUCUACACAGAUCCAGUCAGGAUGGAGACCCCUGUUCAGCGCUCUGGAAACAGUGCACAGCAGCAGCAGGUCAGAGGUUAAAGAGUACCUUGUAGGAGAAUACUGCAUGGGGAAACGCCAGGCUCCGGUGUUUGAUGUCUUUGAAGCAUUUCUAAAUACAGACAGCAUCCAGGUCUUUGCCAAUGCUGCCACCAGUUACAUUAUGUGCCUUAUGAAGUUUGUCAAAGGACUGGGGGAAGCUGAUUGCAAGGAGAUGGGUGACUGUGUGCCAGGAUCAGGAUCCACAUCUACAGACUUGUGCCUUCCUGCUCUUGAUUACCUCAGGAGAUGUUCCCAGUUGUUAGCCAGAAUCUAUAAAAUGCCCUUGAAACCCAUCUUCCUCAGUGGCCGGUUGGCUAACUUGCCCCGAAGAGUGCAGGAACAAUCAGCCAGCAGUGAGGAUGGUGUUGAGUGCAUCCUUUCUGACUUUGAUGAUGACACUGGCCUUAUCAAUGUCUGGAUUAUUCUGCUGGAAGAAUUAACAACUGCUAUAUCCAACUGUCCCCGCCAGCACCAGCCUCCCACUCUGGAUCUGCUCUUUGAAUUGCUGAGGGACGUUGCUAAGACACCUGGCCCAGGAUUUGGCAUUUAUGCAGUUGUACAUCUUCUUCUUCCUACGAUGUCCCUUUGGCUCCAUCGCAGUCAUGGUGACCAUUCUUACUGGGAUGUGGCAUCUGCUAAUUUCAAGCAUGCCAUUGGCCUUUCCUGUGAACUAGUAGUGGAGCACAUUCAAAGUUUCAUACACUCAGACAUUGGUUAUGAAAAUAUGAUAAAUACUAUGCUAAAAGAUCUUUUCAAGUUGCUGGUGGCCUGUGUAGCAGAACCAACAGAAAUAAUUUCCAGAGUUGGCUGCUCCUGCAUCAGGUAUGUGUUAGUAACAGCAGGACCUGUUUUCACUGAAGAGAUGUGGAGGCUUGCAUGUUGUGCCUUGCAGGAUGCAUUCUCUGCCACUCUGGAGCCAGUAAAGAACCUGUUGGGCUAUUUCCACAGUGGUUCUGAAAGCUUUAGUGGAGACGCCUGUGAAGUGAAGGUGGCAGCGCCCUCCCUCUCGCCCAGUGCUGAAGCUGAAUACUGGAGAAUCAGAGCAAUGGCACAGCAGGUCUUCAUGUUGGAAACCCAGUGCUCCCCAAAGACUCCUAGCAACAAAGAAGGAUUUGAACAUGCCCAGUCUUGUGUGCUUAUCAUUGACCUGCCGCCGGAUAAGAAACCAAAUGGACAUACCCAGAGAAGUAUUCCUUUCAGGACAAUAGUUGUGAGCUUGUUGUCCCACCAAGUACUGCUCCAGAAUUUAUAUGACAUCUUACUGGAAGAAUUUGUGAAAGGCCCUUCUCACUUGGAGGAAAAAAUGACAAUACAAAUACCAGAAAACAAGUUGGCUGGUUUUCUCAGGUACAUCUCCAUGCAAAACUUGGCUGUCAUCUUUGACUUACUGUUGGACUCAUAUCGAACAGCCAGAGAGUUUGACACCAGACCUGGGUUGAAAUGUUUGCUGAAAAAAGUGUCUGGCAUUAGCGGAGCUGCCAACCUGUAUCGCCAGUCAGCAAUGAGCUUCAACAUCUACUUCCAUGCUUUGGUUUGUGCAAUCUUGACAAACCAGGAGAAUAUCACUGCAGACCAAGUGAAGAAGAUCCUGUUUGAAGAUGAUGAGAGAAGCACAGACUCCUCACAGCAGUGUUCUUCAGAAGAUGAAGACAUUUUUGAAGAAACUGCUCAAGUUAGUCCUCCCCGAGGGAAGGAGAAGAGACAGUGGAGGGCUCGAAUACCAUCCCUGAGUGUACAACCUGUCAGCAACGCAGACUGGGGCUGGCUGAUCAAGCGUCUUCAUAAGCUGUGCAUGGAACUGUGCAACAACUACAUCCAGAUGCAUCUGGAUCUGGAGAAUAGUGUAGAGGAACCUCCAGUGUUCAAAGGUGACCCUUUCUUCAUUUUACCAUCCUUUCACUCGGAAGCUUCCACCCCAUCAACGGGAGGGCAAUCUGGGAAAGACACACCCUCUGAAGAUGACAGGAGUCAAAUCAGGGACCAGCUGGGAGACAUCCUGACACCCAGAGGAGGGAAUGGAGAUAUGCUGCUGCUACCUCCACCCCUAAGUCCUAAACUGGAGAAAAAAGAGCAAACCAGGAAAAAAGAAUGGUGGGAAAGUGCUGGCAACAAGAUCUACACCAUAGCCACUGACAAAACCAUCUCUAAGCUCAUGACGGAAUACAAGAAAAGAAAGCAGCAACAGACCAUGACAUCCUUCACUAAAGAGGUCAAAGUGGAAAAGAAAGGGGAGCUCCUGGGCUCAAGAGGGCAGGACUCACCCAUACUCCAGCGGCCCCAACAUCUUAUAGACCAGGGUCAAAUGAGGCAUUCCUUCAGUGCUGGCCCAGAGAUCCUGAGACAAGAGAAGCGACCACGCUCAGGAUCCACAGUCAGCUCCUUGAAUAUAUCUAUUCGAGAUGCUGAGGCCCAGAUACAGGCAUGGACCAACAUGGUGCUGACAGUUCUCAACCAGAUCCAGGCCCUGCCAGACCAAAUGUUCACAGCCCUCCAGCCAGCAGUGUUCCCCUGCAUCAGUCAGCUGACUUGCCAUGUGACAGAUAUCCGCGUCCGCCAGGCCGUGCGGGAAUGGCUGGGAAGAGUGGGCCGGGUUUACGAUAUCAUCAUUUAAAUUAGCUGUGUUCUCUUGCAAAGGGAAGAAGACAUCAAAGGUACACAGCAAAGAAGUAUUUGGGGUUCGUUAGUUGCCUAAUUGUUGGUGAUAAAUUAUGAAACAAUAAGCUUGUCAAUGUAUAUCCUCUAUCCACGUGAGACCAUGUCAGUCACUCGCACUAGCACAGAAGGCGAAGCAGGAGUGUGUUCAUGGGGUUUUGCAGUGGCCCGGAAACUGCAGGUAAAACAGGCUGGUUCCUAAAAUAGUAUAGUUCAAUAACCUUCAUUUUAAUUCGAAUUUGUAAUAGUGGGAGCCACAUUACAAUGCCGGUGAAGUUUCACAUUUGCACUUAGCUGUUGAUUAUCUGGAUAUCAAACCUAUGUAAAAGGCAAGAAAAAGGUGAGGCUAUAGCAGAAAUAAAAAGCAUUACAUUUGCUUAGUGUAAAUUUUCCCCUCUGAAAUUAGCAUGAGAAAGGAAAUCCAAAUAAAGGUUAUUGUAAUAACUAUACACCUUGCUCACUAGAGAAAGUGGAAAUGUAUAUUGCUCUGAGAAGAGCCUUUGAAGUCUGAUCACACACAGGGAGGCUUGUGAGCUACUAAUGAAAUAUCCCAGGUCUAAACCACAGCCAACCACAGGCUAUGUGAAUAGCCUUUUAUUGCCCUUGUGGAGUAUUGCUUGAAGAAAAAUGACACUAUCAAGCUUUCCUCUCUACAACACUACCCUGGCUACCUGCUCAGCUACACUUACAGCUGAUCAUCUUUCCAUGUGUAUAUAAUUCCGCCUGAGAGCAACAGGGAAGUUUUGUUUUGCUGUUGCCUGUGAAGCUGAGGGAAAGGCACAGCAGCAAGCAAAGCUACAAUCAGGCUGUGUGCCUAUAUCCAGUGAUCAGCUAAACAGAGAGGAAACUUAAUGUUCCAGUUCAAGCAACACUACCACUAUGUUGGCUUAUACUUUUAUUGGAAAUCUGUAUUUUUGCUGAUGUAGGGCUUCUGUAGCCAGGAGGCCCCUCAUCAGCUACACUAAACUUAUCACUCCACAAUGAGCUGAAUCAAGAUGGAAACCGAUCUGACAAGAAGGAAUCUUUCCUGUUUCUCUCUAAGUUCUGGCCUGCUGCUGUAAAUAGAGAGGGACAGAUUCUCAUGUAGGGAUAUCUCCCUCUGUGCAACACUUUGAUGAGGGCUGCUGCAGUUUGGUGGCUACCUUUGGAUGUGAGGGGAAGGAGAAGGAUUGACUAAUACCAUCAGAUAUGAAGGGGACACUAAUCACAUUAGAUAGAGUGAAGGUUACUUUGCCACACAAAUUAUGUCACAGCCCCAGGGAUAUUCAUACUCCCAUACUAAACAAUUUAGUAUUUGUUUUUAGUCUUGGGAGAACCCUUGAUGAUGUUCUCCCAAAGUUUUUUAAAAUGCGCACACCAACUAAAUAUACAGCUUCAGUUUCUGUUCUAAAGCAUCUUCAGAAAUAGCAUUUCAUUAUGUUAGGCUCAAACUUUGCACAAUUAACUGUUUUGGGGAUCUCAAACUGGAAAAAGUGAGAGGGUUGGUCCAAGAGGAUCCACUGAACAGCCAUCACCUAAGUUGAUAUGUCCACUAAGAGUCUGCCCAGAUUUCUGUCUCUUCUAUCCAUCCCUGACUCCCCAUUUGCCAACUGCUAGACUAGGGCAAAGAAUACUUUGUCCUAUAACUUUCUGUGGGGUCUAUCACAGUUCCUCUUUCUUUCAAAAUUUUUGACCCAUUGCCAAAUUGUUCCUUAAAAACCACCUCUUUCUUAUCACCCGUUUUGCCUUUAUAGUUGAUACAAUUGUUAAAUUACUCAUUUAAAAAAAUUCUCUGACAGAUUUACUUAUUCCUUGGGGACAAGUGAGAUUAGCCCUUGGAAUAUGGGAGAGUGGUGGUGUGAUUUGAUUUCUGUUUCUAUGUCUUUCCUUCUGAACUUUAGGCAGAGUAAAGAGAUGAAUAUAUUUUUGUUCUGAAAGUUUUUAUUGGGUAUAUAUACAGAACUGCUUUUAAAGUAGUGGAUUAAGUAGGAGCAAUAAUAGAAAUCAGAAUAACCAAACUGUAUUGAAAACAUCCUACUCUGCUGGUUUUUGUUAUAGUUUGCAUUGAUUAGAUUCAGAUGCUGGCUGUGCUUAUCUUGAUUUAUAUUGGAGAAGUAAAAAUUUAUAGCAGUGUCAAUCAAAUCAAUCAGAUUCCAGAAGAAGGCCUAGUAUCCAGGAAACACUAUGAUUAUGUGUUGCAGUUACAAUACAAAAGUGCUACAGAAAGAAAAGCCCUAGGAGAGACGAUACCCAAAAGAAAUGCACAUGGACAUGAUAUAGCCUAAUGCUACUUGCUUAGCCAGCUUCUUUACCCAAACUAUUGUUUCAUUUCCACUUUUUAUACCUCAACCUCCACACUGGAAUUGACUAGGAGCAAAUCUACUGUAUACUUCUUGCCCAUAUUUUACCCCCACCAUGCUCCAGAUUAUGCACUAAGUGCCCAUUGUCACCCUCAGUGCCUCUGUUCAUUAAUAUCCCUCCCCCAGAGAACCAUAAGAGGGCAUGAGUAACUGAGUAAUUACAGAAAUCUCAUGUAAAAGUAGAGAAAAAGAGCGAAAUGAAUCUGUGAAAUAGCACAGUUUAAUGUAUGUUGCUCUUCAUUUCAUUUAUAUGUAAAAUGGGAAGCAGAUUGAGAGGGCAGGCCACGGCCACUUCAUGACCCAUCAAUCUGAUGUGCGGAAUUGUUUCUGAUACAUUCUGAAAUUAAAAAUAUAUGAACUUGGUCACAUUCUCAACCAUUUUUGAUAGUUUAAGUAUAGACAUCAGAGAGCUCCAAAUAAGUAAAUAAUAAAUGAGUAAAGUCACCAUCUCAGACCUGUGCAAUGUGUUUCAUGCAUACUUUGGCUUGUUUGGCUUAAGGCUGCCAACAUACUAUGCUCAGGUCUCACAAAGCAAGCUUUUAGCCCAAAGAAGGAGCCUGCUCAAAAUAGUCCCAGGAGAGGGUGCUUGUGCCAACCAGUCACAAGCUUGCAGAAGGGACUCUCCAGUUCUACAAACGCUGAUCAUGUCCAUCUGCCCUACACAGCAGCUGCCUUUCUGCUUCCAACUUGUGAGUGGGGAGUACCUCAGACAGUAGCACAAAUAGCCCUUGUCUCUAUACAUAUAAGUCUUCUCCACAUAACCAUUCAAAUCCUUACUUAUGGCCCCAGUAUAAAGUAACGCGUGAGGUACCAGGAGCCUAUUAACAGCUCUGCCGUUGAAUCAGAAAAUUCGUUUGAGCCUUGAAAAAUACAGUCUGUGCAGUAUGGACUGAGCUUAGCCUGGCUCUUCUCUUCACUGUGGUUAAUAGCUACAGUCUCUCUUUACUCCUGCCUGUUUCUUUGUGUCACGCAAAUUUCUAUGUGAGUUGGUUUUGUUGUUAUGUAACUGGCCAAAAAACAGUGAGUUUACUAAUUCUGUCAGUUCCAGUUUUGCUGAUUCUCCAAAUUCUUCUGAAUAACUUUGCAGUAAGUUUUAAGAUAUUUUCCCUCUCUCCUGUUCAGUGAAAGAGACUGCUCUUGGGCUGUAAUGUGUCACCUGUGCUCUUCUGUUGUUCAAGGACUCUGAAUUGCACAAGUAGUGUUUUAAGUCCAAGGUGGACUGGCACAGCAUUCUUGGACAUUAUUUAUUAACUAGAAUUUUGUUCUACCCUGUCAGAUUUGAAAUUUACUCCUGUUGUUAAAUAGAGGAAGGAACUGGCAUCCCUCUCCCUCUCUUCUAUGCUUUCUAGCUAGGGAAACAACCUUGAAAUUGCAAAUGCAGCUUUUUACUCAAACAUAUCAGAAUAGUUUGAUUUGUAGGCCACUAGUUUUAGGUAAAUAAAUCAAAAACCUCUGCUUUAGUAAGGAUACAAGCCAGAUAACUUGUUUAUAAGAGGGCACGAAACUAUGUAAUAAAUCAUAUGAUCAUUUUUGACCUUUGUUGUAUUACCUGCUGAUUUUAAAAUUAGAGAAUACAACUUAAACAGUAGAACUUAUAAUUGUAUAAUAAUUCUUAUAAUGUGAUAUGAUAAUUUAGACACUAUGGCUAUAAGCCCAUCCAAACUAAUAGUACAUUAACAGAUGCUGAUUUAUACAAAUGAAAUGUGAAGAGAUAUAUUACAGUUAUUCCUAUGUACAGUAAACUGGUAUCAGAAAUGCAUAAGACCCCAUUAAAGCUUUAAGUGUUACUGCCUUAAAAAAAAUAAAAAAAAUGUGGCCAUCAGGAAUAAAACUCAGGUAACAGACCUGCAUUUUAGCUAUGCUGCCCUUGGACUAUUUCACACUGCCUCCAUCAGGCCAUUACCGGUGGAGGGUCACUACAGAAAUAGAUGCAACAUUCUUUCUUUUUAAAAAUAUUUCUGUCAGCCACUGACAGAAAAAAUUGCUAUAGGCCAGAAUCACAUAUCCUUGCUCUUAUGAAAUUGCUCUUUACCAUAAAAAUAUUUAAAGCUAAAAAAAGGGGGGAGGGGAGAGAGAGAGAAAGCAUACAUACAUGUAUGCUUGUACAGCAUAUAGGUUUGCAUGUUACUUUGUAGUGCAAUGAUAUGCAGAAAUAUGAAAACAUUGAUCUGUUUAUAUGUAGAUUCCUGUAGCUCCAGUCACUGUCAUACUCUGAGCACUCUGCAUGUUUACAGAGUGAUACCCAUAUUAGUAAUAUAUUUAUCACGUUCUCUGGGCGUAUUUGUCACAUUAGCAAUGGUUAAUACAGUUCUUCUAGUAACUUCACUAAAGUAGUUUUUUAUGAACAUUCAGCAGCCUUAGAAUUAAUGCCACCAUCUUCUGGUGAACAUGAAUACUUCUAAGAUAUUAAGAUACAGAUAUAGUUCUCUCCCAAUACUCACUUUAGCAAAAUUAACUUAUUUCAAUAUACUUAAAAUUUAUUAGGGGAAGAUUUGCUCUUGUAAAUUUUUCCUUUGUAAAACUCAAACACAGGGAACACAUUUUAGCUGUGAUGAGACACAGACUAAAAAAUUCAUGCCCUCUAGAGUAUAGCUGACUUACAGUAUAAUUUCAUGUCAAGGUUAGAAACUUAAACCUUACCAUAAAAUUCACUGGAAAGUCUUCACCUGCCAAGGAGAUUAGCACCACUGUAAAUGCUAUGUGUUUCCACAGCCCUAAUCGCCAUCUGCACUUGAUACAGUAGCAUCUCUAAGUUAGUAUCUCCACUGUGAAGCUAGUUGCAGGAUCCAUGUGCAAUUGAAUAAUAGAGAAACUAGUAAGUACCAACAUCCAGCUGUGCACGCUACCUGCAGUUUGUACCUCUCUCUGAAACUUAGGCCGACGUUCAAAGUGCCAAAGCCUGUUGAAAUCAAUGUACCUGGAGUUACGUACCUGGAUACCUUUAAUACUGUGGACGUAAUCCUUGAAUCCUUCAAUCCCUGUGUACAGGUUCACAAAUUCUCAGGAAGGGGAGAGUCCUAUACAACUGAUGUCAGCUUCUCUGUUGCUGUCUCCUAUGCGCCUCCCCCCCUUGAAAGUCCACAAGAACCAGCGCUUAUUUCUGUGCAUCCCAGUAUCUGAAGCUAGAACCUUCACUUCUGCACAGGCCCAAUUUUAAUGUGUAGGAGGCUAACCAUAGAUAGUAGUCCAAAGUAAUUUAUUUCUACCUAGCUCUUCUGUGUAGAAACUUCUUCCAAAAUUUAGCAUGUGGUUUAGCUGUUUAUUCCUUUAGCAAUGCUUUCUAGAAAUGCUAUUAUUCAGUGGUUAAUUCUUUUUAAUUGAAAAGAAACUUCCUUUCUUCCCUAAUCCUUGUUUUUGUGUGGGUAUGAUGAGAUUAUGCUUAAGCAAACCAUUUAAUCAUUAUUCUGGUUAUAGCCAUUUCUGGGAAGAGCUAUGUGUAGUGCUGAUUGUGGCAUGUGACAGGGAAUACAGGUAGGGUCUGGGAUUUUUUUUUUUUUUUCAUUUCUGAUCAUUCCACAGUAGUUUGAAGAAAUCAUGCAACACCAUAAUUUUUUAUUAAAAAUUAGUAGUUUGUUGUCUUGCUUAGUAUAAAAGGACCAAGUUACAUAGCAAAGAAGCACAAAUGUUGGAUUUUAUGCAACAAAGAUGACAUCCGGCAGCUAGAAAUCCCUCUUCUCUGAGUCUCCCUGUUCUAAGUAGUGCUUCUGCAGGGACACGACAUAAGGCGCCAUUAGCAGCCCUCACCAACAGCACACCUGGGACUCCAGGAAGUUAUAUUGGUGCAAGGAGUAACUCGUAUCUCCUCUUUCUGUUUUUUCCACUAAUCCCCAUUAGAACAUAUACUUUAACCUAGCUAUAUUACAUACUAAACAAGCAUUUUUGGCCAAACAUGGUUGGGCUGGUUAUUUAAAAAGAAAAUAAAAACACUGCAGAAAUAUGCAUCAUUCUUCUCACUUAAUGCUCAGAAGUUCAAAUUAAGAACUAAAAGCAAAGGGAAGAGGCGAUGUCCUAAUUCUGUGGAUAUCAGUGGAACUACACUGUGUGAUCCUGGAUUAGUGCAAUAAUGAGCUCGUCUGUGGGGCCACAUUCCUCAAAUCCUCUUUAUUUUAGGCAAAUUCACAAGCUGAGGUUUGCUUACUUUCCACUGCCAGUGAUUCACAGGACAGAGCUUAUUGAGAGCACCAUUUGUUAAGAAGCGUGACAAUAGGAUCUCUUUCAACUUUUUUUGCCCUAUGGUCCCACUCAUCAGAAGGUAGUUAUGUACUUCAAUUAAUUUCGUCUGAAUGCCAUGGAGCGCUAGGGUCCGAUUUCCAAUUGGCUUGUUGGGUUAAUCUGGGCUGUAGUGUAGUGAGUGUCAGCAUGAGGAAACAAGAAGCAAGCUGAACCUGAAGAGAGCUGAGCUAGUGGAGAGGCACAGGCACAGGUAUGCAAGCUCAGCAAGGGACAAAUAUCACCUCCAUAAUCACCGGAGACCUCAGCUCUGCAGAGGAAAGCAAGAUUUGAUACCAAGGGAGAGCAGUCAGGAAGGGCAGAGCACUGUUGUACCAGAGCCAUGACCUGCAAGCAGGUGCGAGGAAAAGAUUUAAAGGUAUGCAAUGACAGCAGCAAGCACCUUUCUUCAGUUCUCAUUCCCUUUCCCCAAUUUUAUCAUUAUUUAUGAUACUGUAAGCAUACUUACUUGGGCCGUGAUUCAAUUUUCAGUUCUGGCUGAAGGGAAAAAAUAAAAAGAAAAAAAAAGAGCCAAAGGGAGUGGACAUUCCAUUUUGCCAAAGACCAACGAAAAUCAAAUUUUCAGUAUUCCCAUGAUGAGGCUGCCAUAAGAAGCAUUUUACUACACGACAUUAUUCCCAGGAUUUCAUCUCUAUAGCUGUAUAUUCAGAAGGAGCCACUAAUAUUUUUAGAAAAGACUGUAAAUGACCUUUGUCAAGAGAGUUCAUUCUCGGAGUUUACCUUCUGCAGAUUUCAUGUCUAGCUACAAUUCCCCAGUUUCAUUUAUUUCCUCCCUCUGUCUUUUGGCCCUUAUUUAAAGAAACACCUCCCCAUAUCUGCUGCGAUUUUUCGUGCUGCUAGCUUUGUUUGGUUCUUAGGUGUCCAUUGUUCAGGCAGUCACUGUAAGCUGGCUUGCAAAUUGUAUUUUGUGUAUAUUUUAUUCAGACUGAAUUCUGAAAUGGAAAUAUUUUAAAACAAAAAAAAUUAUAAACUAUUUAUGUUGCUUGUGUUGUAGAAUAA